GCUUACGCAUGAAUCAAUAAACCAAAACCCUUAAAGUCAACAAGCGAUUUGAAGACAUGUCGACGCAAACACCAAGUUAUACUAUGGAGAUAAACAACUUCUCCCAAAGGAAUGCUCCAAUACGGUCGAAUCUGUUUAGAAGCUACUCCUGCAACUGGUAUGUUACCGUAUAUCCCAAGGGAAACGGUAUUUACACACACAUGUCUAUGUAUCUAGAUGUUGCAAAUUCUCCCUCAAUGUCUCAAGGAUGGUGGAGACAUGCCGGGUUUCGCUUUGUUAUCGUGAACCAAUCCAAUGUCGCCAAGUCCGAACGUCUAGCAACUUCUCACAUGUUCAACGAGAGAAAGCCAAACCGGGGUUUUAAAAAGGCCUUGCCUCUUACCAAACUUCAAGAGGAAAGGUUUCUUGUGAACGACAAACUUAAAAUUGAAGUCUACGUUGAUGUAUAUAAUAUUCUAGGUAUACUAGAUACACAUGUCUUACCUGAAAAGAAGCACAAGACUGUGUGUGUCAAUGGAUUCCAAGUUCUUGAUUCUCAAGUCAAGUCAGCAGACAUUAUUUUUGAAACUCAUCCGGAAACAGCAUUGUAUAUCUAUCCACAAGAUCCACAGCUUAAGACAGCAUACAUUAACAUUCUCCUCAGAAUCUACGAGACACUUUAUAACAAUCCUCUUGAGAAGAUCACGGAAAAUGAGCUAAGUAACGUUUCCAAGGGUUUGCUUGAUCUGACACAAGCUGGUUUUAAGCUCGAAUGGUUGAGGGAAAAGCUUGAGAAGGUUUCCGUGGAGAGGAAGAAACUAUCUGGUUAUGAAGCCCAGGCUCUAGAACUUGGAAAACAGUUGAAGAAUCUUGAGCUGAUGAUGUGUAAUCUCAAAGCUGAGAUCAAGUUGAAAGCGGAGAGCUAAUUAUACUAUGAUCUUUAGUUGGGUUUAAUAGUUCUUAGUAUAUCUUAUGAUUUAUUAUUUAUUGUUUUCCUGGUUUUUAUUUAAGAUCAAUCAUAGAUCUCAGGCUGUCCCUUUCAUUGGACAUUAAUAAAUGUCAUGGAAUACUAAAUUCCAAUUGUUUUA